AUGAACCCCCAGUGCGCCCGCUGUGGCAAAGUGGUCUAUCCCACCGAGAAAGUCAACUGCCUGGACAAGUACUGGCACAAAGGAUGUUUCCACUGUGAAGUUUGCAAAAUGGCUCUGAACAUGAAUAACUACAAAGGAUAUGAAAAGAAACCUUAUUGCAAUGCACAUUACCCAAAGCAGUCCUUCACCACAGUGGCUGAUACACCAGAAAAUCUUCGCCUGAAGCAACAAACUGAAUUGCAAAGUCAGGUAAAAUACAAAAGGGACUUUGAAGAAAGCAAAGGAAGAGGAUUCAGUAUCGUGACCGACACGCCCGAGUUACAGAGACUGAAAAGGACUCAGGAACAAAUCAGUAAUGUAAAAUACCAUGAAGAUUUUGAGAAGACAAGGGGCAGAGGCUUCACCCCGGUGGUAGAUGACCCAAUAACAGAGAGAGUGAGGAAAAACACCCAGAUUGUGAGUGAUGCAGCAUACAAAGGUGUGCACCCACACAUCGUGGAGAUGGAUAGGAGACCUGGAAUCAUUGUUGACCUUAAAGUUUGGCGCACAGAUCCUGGCUCCAUCUUCGACAUUGAUCCUCUGGAGGACAAUAUUCAGUCUAGGAGUCUGCAUAUGCUUUCUGCCCCUGUUCUCCCUGGGGCAUAUCAGCAAAGCCAGUCCCAAGGAUAUGGAUACAUGCACCAGACCAGUAUGUCAUCCAUGAGGUCCAUGCACUCACAGCCUCAUUCAGCAAGUCUGAGGACAUACAGAGCUAUGUACGACUACAGUGCUCAAGAUGAAGAUGAAGUUUCCUUCAGGGAUGGUGAUUAUAUUAUCAACGUGCAACCCAUCGAUGAUGGCUGGAUGUAUGGUACUGUUCAGAGAACUGGGAAAACAGGGAUGCUUCCAGCUAAUUAUAUUGAGUUUGUUAACUAAUUUUUGUUUCUAGUCCUUGGAGCUUUAUUAUGAUUUACUCAAAAUCUAACCUUUUAGAAGAAGUCAGAAGGAUCUUUCGAGAAUCCAUGUUCAUUACUUCACCACUGCUAUAACAGUCUGCACUCUCCCUCAGCAUUCAGUUUAGAGCCCUUUAAAGAUAAACAAUCAGCAAGAAGCUCAGAGCUUUGGCAACAGCAUUGCUUAUAACAGUGCUCCCUCAAAAUGAAAAUCAUACAUGGAAGCCUGCUGGUGUCAAUCCUGUAAAGAUUUCAGGCAAUUAGCUGCAAAGGGGAAACAACUUCUCCCUGCACCUCCAAGACAUGACUUCUCUUUGUGGUAACAACCACAAAAUUGAUUCACUUCUUAUGGCACUCUGAAGUCACAGGUGGUUAACACACAAAGUUUGAACCCCAUCUUCAAGUUAUCAGGAAGGUGUUUAGUGUUUGAGCAGUUAGCAUACUAAGAAAGAAGUGCUGAGCAGAUAAUUCUAUCACUUGAAUUAAUGACAACUAAUAUGCUAAUGAAAAAAAAG